AUGGCAUUGCAUGCUGCAUACCUCUUUAUCGCAGCCACCCUUACUGCUCUCUACGUGGUUCGCUGCAUCCGACAACGAAAUGCCUUCGACAAGCAGGCGCAGCAACUCGGCUGUGAGCCGCUCACUCUGGCCUUUAACAAGCUGCCAUUCGGACUCGACCGCAAAUGGCAAAUCGUGACGCACAGGGGAAACAUCCUCGACGACCUCAUCACCACCCGCUUCGCCGAGCUCGGCUGCUACAUCUACACGGACAACCAAUGGGGCUGUCCGCCCAUCAUCUGCGCCGAACCGGCCACCAUGAAGGCCGUCCUGAGCACCAAGUUCCGGGACUGGGACAUGGAUAGCAAUCGCUACCCGGCCCUCGGCCCUUGGCUCGGUCGCGGCGUCCUGGUCAGCAGCCACCAAGGCAAGGGCAGCCUCUGGGCGACGGCGCGGGCGCUUCUCCGUCCCAUCUUCGCCAACGCGGCCACCUACGACUACUCGCUCGUUGAGAAGAGCGUCGCCGACUUUGUGUCUGCCGUGGGCCAUGUCGGCGAGAAAGGUGCCCCGACGACGACGGACAUCUUGCCGCUCAUUCGCCGCCUCAAUAUCGACAUCAUCUUGACUGUCUUUUGUGGCGGCAGCAUCAGUGAGCUCAAGCCUGCUUCCGCUGGCGUCGGUGCAGGCCCGCAGACGAGGUCGGUCCUGGAGGAGGCGUUUGACGUCAUCGAACCCAUCGCCGGACUGAGGCUGCAGACGGGAGGGCUUUACUGGAUGUUCACCUCGAAGCCAUUCCGAGCCGCCUGCGAUACCUUCUCGGAGCUUGCCAACGGGUGGAUCAACCAGGCACUUUCCAAGACGGACGAGAAGCCUGCUUCGCAGCGAGACUCGGGCGAUGCUGCCGAGAAAGAAAGAAGCUUCACCGAGGCGCUGGUGUCCAGCACCGGUGACCGCGAGCUGCUACGCGACAUCCUCGUGCAGCUGCUCUUCGCCGGCAUCGACACGUCCACCAGCAUGCUCUCCUUUGCCAUCCUGGAACUCGGCCGGCACCCGCGCGCGUGGGCUCGACUCCGCGCCGAGCUGGCGUCCCACGACCUUUUAUUCGGCCCGCCGACAUCCGCGCAGCUCAAGGAGUGCACCUUUCUGCAAAACGUCAUCCGGGAGACGCUGCGGCUGUACCCGCCGGUGCCGAUCAACUCGCGCGAGGCCGUGCGGGACACGGUGCUGCCGACGGGCGGCGGUGCGGACGGGGCCAGCCCGGUGCUGGUGCGCAGGGGUACGUCGCUCAAGUACAGCCCGUACGUGAUGCAUCGCCGAAGCGACCUGUACGGGCCGGACGCGCUGGAGUGGAACCCGGACCGGUGGCUGACUCGCACGCCGGGCUGGGACUACCUGCCCUUCAACGGCGGGCCGCGCGUCUGCAUAGGCCAGAAGUUUGCUCUCGGCAGCGGUCCGUAUGUGCUGGCGAGGCUCGCGCAGCAGUUCGAUACAUGCGAGGCCGUGCUGACUGCAGGACCAAUCGAGUCCAAGCUCGGAGCGGUGCUGAUUCCCGUUGGCGGUGUGCCUGUCUCGCUCUCUAAUUCUCGAGGUUAA